GAACAGAGACUCCCAUCCUCUCUACCCCUCAGCCCCACCACCUCCGUCUGCGGCCCCCUGCAGCGUAGCGCUUGCUCAGCCGCAGAGGCGCGUGCCCAGACCUUGCUGCCCCCAGCCGCUGCGGUGCGAGCCCAGACGUCGCGACUCGCACCUCCCCGAGAUCCUGGGUAUCAGGCCCAGGAGGUAAGGAGAGCGGAAGUCGCUUUUAACUGAGGCCCUUUGCCUGGCUUCUAGCCGGCUAGCGCGUCCUCAGCCCCUAACCCCGCAAGGCCUCCUCCUUCCGUCAGUCUCCGCCUCUCUCCAACCUCACCCCUACCCCCCCCCCCCCCCCAGCAGUCUCUUCUCCACCAAUCCUCUACUGGUGCCACCACCGCCGCACCUGCGAGGCGGAGCCCUGGCCGCCCCGGCGUCUUCUCUGCGUCCUCCCUCCGCCCCCCACACCCCCAGGCGUCCGGAGAUCAUCCUCCGUCCCUCCCCCUCCCGCCCCCGCCUUCACCUCACCCGCCGCCGCCUCAGUCUCGGCCGCACUGUCCCGGAGCGGCGGCGGUGGGAGCGGAAGCGCCCUCUCUUUCCUCUGCGGAGUCGGCGCCGCGGCAGCUCGAGAGCCGGCACGAGUGGGACAACUGCCGCAGCGCCCUAGAGGAGCGCCGGGACUGCGGGGUGAGGGGCAACGGUGGCCACCGGGCCGGCGAAGGAACGGCGGCGGCGGGUCCCCGCUUUUGCGCCACCCGAUGCCGGUGUGGUGCUGCCGGUGCUCCCUGGUCGGUCAUUUCAGAAACUAUAACAACCCUGAAACUGAAGGGCAGAUUUUGAAUUCCUUAGUACAGUAUUUUGGUGACAGUUUCAGCAGAAAAGUUAAAGCAAUGCCAUUAGUUGAAGAAACUUCUUUACCCGAAGACUCAUCACUGACUUUGCCUGUGGUAAUAGUCGGAAAUGGACCCUCAGGCAUUUGCCUUUCUUACAUGUUGUCAGGAUACAGACCAUAUUUAUCUCCAGAAGCUGUACAUCCAAAUCCAAUUUUGCAUAGCAAAUUAGAAGAAGCAAGACAUCUCUCCAUUAUUGAUCAGGAUUUAGAAUAUUUGUCUGAAGGUCUUGAAGGCCGAUCAUCUAAUCCAGUUGCAAUACUACUUGAUACACUUCUUCAUCCAGAUGCUGACUUUGGAUAUGAUUAUCCAUCAGUUUUGCAUUGGAAAUUAGAACAACAUCAUUAUAUUCCUCACUUGGUUCUUGGUAAAGGACCACCUGGUGGGGCUUGGCAUCAUAUGGAAGGUUCUAUGUUGACAAUCAGCUUUGGAAACUGGAUGGAGUUGCCUGGACUUAAAUUUAAGGAUUGGGUGGCUACCAAACGAAGGAACAUUAAGAGUGAUCGAGUUACACCAGAGGAGAUAGCUCGCUACUACAAGCACUAUGUGAAAGUUAUGGGUCUUCAGAAGAAUUUCCGAGAAAAUACUUAUAUAACCUCUAUAUCAAGACUUUACAGAGAUCAAGAGGAUGAUGACCAGGACAGUGAUGAUAUUUCAACACCACAGUUACAAAUGGAAAAAGCAAAAUUUAUCAAGAGAAACUGGGAGAUUAGAGGCUAUCAGAGAACAGCUGAUGGCUCUCAUGUCCCUUUUUGUCUCUUUGCUGAGAAUGUAGCUCUAGCAACUGGAACUCUGGAUUCUCCUACUUAUCUGAAAGUUGAAGGGGAAGAUUUCCCCUUUGUGUUUCAUUCAAUGCCAGAGUUUGGAGCUGCCAUUAGCAAAGGAAAGUUACAUGGCAAAGUGGACCCAGUUUUAAUUGUAGGUUCUGGACUUACUGCAGCUGAUGCUGUGCUGUGUGCUUACAACAAUAAUAUUCCUAUAAUCCAUGUGUUCCGGAAACGGGUAACUGAUCCAAGUUUAAUUUUCAAACAACUUCCCAAAAAGCUUUAUCCUGAAUAUCAUAAAGUCUAUCAUAUGAUGUGUACUCAGUCAUAUUCUAUAGACUCUAAACUUCCAUCAGCUUAUACCAGUUUUCCUGAGCACCAUGUGCUUUCAUUUAAGACGGACAUGAAGUGUGUUCUUCAGAGUGUCUCUGGAUUGAAGAAGAUCCUCAAGUUAUCUGCAGCGGUGGUAUUAAUAGGCUCCUAUCCUAAUCUGUCCUUUUUGAAGGAACAAGGGUAUGACUUAGGUCAUAAUUCAAACCAGCCAAUUACAUGUAAAGGUAAUCCUGUGGAAAUUGAUCCGUACACAUAUGAGUGUACUAAAGAAGCUAAUCUUUUUGCCUUGGGGCCUUUGGUUGGAGACAAUUUUGUAAGAUUUUUAAAGGGUGGGGCACUGGGUGUUACUCGAUGUCUAGUUACCAGACAGAAGAGGAAACAGCAUUUGAUUGUUGAAAGAGGAGGUGGUGAUGGUGUAGCCUAAAGUUACUGUGUUUACAAAUAAUAAUUCAUAACUAAUUCAUAUGGACAGCUUGCCAUCAGCAUUUUUAAUAGUGAUAAUUUGUGGUCUGAUUUUGCUGGGCCUGUAUUGCCUUUAACAGGAGGUACACAACUAUACUCAUCAUUUUGAAAUGUUGUGAGAACUUCAUUUUCUUAUUUUAAAACUACCUUGUACUGCCAGAUGUAAUUUUCAAAGAAAUGAAAAACACUGUCAGUUUGUCUGGCCAACUUUUAAAAGGCCUUCAUUUUAACUGAAGCACUGUAACAUUAUUUUAACAAGACUUAAUUUCAGUUAUUUUUCUUCCAUUUCUUGGGUUUAAUUUUCAAACUUUUAUUGCCUUGAAAACAUAAAAUCAGAUGAUUACGCUAAGAAGUUGACUUUAAUAUAAUUUUAGGUCUCAAGGAGAAUGUUAUGUGGGAAAACACUUCCUAAAAAAGAUUUUAUUUAUUUUGCUACAUCAUCAGUUUUGUAAAUUUUAUUUGUCACUUAGAUUAAGAUGGUCUGUAAACAAAAGAAGAUUCUUUGUUAAAUUCAAUGUAGACUUCUUAAUUUUAGAUUCUAAUAAUAAUCUGACAGUCCAUUAAUGUUGGGAUACAUCUGCAAACUUGGCCAUCUUAAGACAAAUUAAUAAAGUAUUUUGUGGAGGUUUGUUCUCUACUAAACUUCUAAAAAGCUUUCCAGUAAUACUUUGAUUUGAAGUAUGAUAAUAAAUUGCUUAUAUAAGUGCUCUUACUAUUGUGUGAAGAGUUAAUAAUCUUAAUAGCUUACAUUUAUACAAUAUAAUUUUUUUGUCAUUUUA